AAAAUAAUGCAAUAAUACACAUGUGCGUCUGAAGUGACUCAUGAAAAACAGCAUUAUUUUCGGUAUUAACGUCGUACGGUGAAUAAUUGUUCUUUGAGUGUAAAAUUAAACAUUGCUGUCAGCGUUAUCUUAUUUCACUUUGUUAUUUGGAAAUUAAGUCGGCAACUCGUCAACCGCAUAGUCAUUUUUAAGACUUAUAGCAUUAUUUAUAGAACGAGCCGAAUGUGUUGGCACAGUAAAAAGACCGCAAAGACAAAAGUCAACUAUGAAUAGCAGUGAUAUCAGAGUCUUUUCUGUCCAGUCUCUUUUUUGAAAGUCAAAAACCACACAGUGACAACGCAUUGGAAAACUAGCGAGGUUAAGCAAGACAGAUGUGCAUGCCCAUGUAGUUUUUUUAUGGCAAUUUGGUCCAUUUCAGUUGCGGCAAUUUCAGUUCCAAUAGAACUACAAAUGCAUGAGAAAAAGAACAAGAAAAAGAAGGAUUUCAUGUGAAAUGAAUCCUCCGAUAACAACCUCUCCACCAAACGUUCAAUUAUCUCUUGGUCUUCAYGCUCUCGACCAACCAACCCAGGCAUGGUACUGGGCGAUAAGAGCGACGACCGGGUUUCUUACAGUUGUGAAUAACAUUCUAGUGUUGGUCGCGAUAUCGAUGCGUCGAACGUUACGMCGACGAAAAUCAAAUUGGUUUGUGUUAUCUUUGAGUCUUGCGGAUUUGCUCGUUGGAGUUAUCAUCACAUCAAUCCAGAUCUACGAGGCAGUAAAAAAAUCAACAAAUCCAGAACUACGGUUUAUCGUGAACGAUUUUUUGAUUGACGCGUCUAUACUAAGCUUGUGUACGUUGACUCUGGACCGGUAUAAAGCUAUAGUGAGUCCUUUAAGAUACAUUAAUUACAUGACACAGUUUCGCGCCACUACACUCAUCAUCGUGUCAUGGGUCGUGCCUUUUCUGUUGGCACUUUUACGUACAGUAAUGAUYAUYACKGGKAUUAAGAACGAGAAAGAGCGAGAGAAAAUGUUYCUUGUCAUCCAAACACUUUUCUUUGUGAUUUUGCCUUGUUUGACUUUAACUGGUUCCUAUAUUAGAAUAUUAUUGAUCGUUCGACGACACAGCAGAAAAGAAAAGAAGAUCAAAGCACAAGUCGACUACAACUACUCAACAGAUAGCACUUUCCAGUCWACUGAYGAUGAUUAUCGACCUAAUGACGUCAUUAGCGGUCGGGGGGGUGUACGACGGCUCGCUUUGGARGAUAUCCAAGAGGAUGAAGUUUCAGAAAGCACUGCUGCCAGAAUCUUUUCCGGGAUAUUAUCKCCAAAGCAUGACAAGUCGUCUUUAGCAGCCAUUGGAGUGGUGAUCRUUUUAUAUGAUUGUUYUUGGGGAUUUGCCAUCUAUUCGUAUAUACUAGAGUCUUUUCUUGAAUUAAGUGUGGAGCAAGACUUAAAACACAUUAUUUGGCUACUUGUUCUUAUAAAUUCAGCCUUAAAUCCUUUGGUAUAUGCUAUAUUGAAGAGGGAUAUACGAAGGGCCAUCAGUGACUUAGUUUUAUGCUGUAAAGCCGCUGACAGCGACACGACUGCGGGCUGCCAGGAAAUCAAUAUUGAAAUCUCACACCCACCAGCGGAAUUAAGUGUCAUGACAACUCAAACACACCUGUAAAUGAAAGAUCACUGAUACCUUUGUGCUUGGAAUAAGACAAUGAUUUUGGUUCGCUAGGCAUGCGCAAUGCGUAGAUAACACUUCAAAUCGAACGAAAGAUAGGGCAGCCAUAUUUGCUUACAUAAUAAUCGAAGCUAAUGAGAAAUCUUUUGUUUUUGUGUGUACUAAUAUGGUCCACAUAACGUCAUGUGUAAUUCAAGAAUACGUURCGUGAAAUCAGUCUUGCGAACUGUUUCAUUAAGACUUUAACUCGAGGCCGUGCCUCGAAAUCUUCGUUAAAAACGCAUUUUCUUACCAUAWUAGGUAAAAGACAUAGAGCGUAGUAGCGCUAAYGUUAACCGUCUUGAAACUUUGUAAAUAAAUAUCCUGUCAUCAAGUAGAAUCAAUCACAAAAAA